AUAGAUAAAAGCGUCCAGCAUAAUUGUUUGUUUCUUUUUCUUUAAAAUUUUUGUUGAGAUUCAGAAGAUGCUUGUGUUUUGUGUUAUCAAUUUGUUUUCGAAACUUUUACUCUAGGUCAAUUAGGCGACCAUAUAGUCAUAUAAAGAUUAGGAGAUUCUUUUGUGUCGAAAAAUAUGCAUCGAAUAUCGUGAAAUCAUAUUAUUAGUUUCUACAAUUUUAUAUUAAACAGUUUCUCUUCAUACUGAAUUAAAGAAAUAUUCCCAUUGGGAAUUGGAUAAAAAUUUGCGUGGAACAAAACUUUAUUACUUACGGAAUGUUUUAAAAGAAAAGUAUCCUGAUUCUAGCUAAAUAAAGAAAUACGAUGCUUCGGAGUUUAUACUAAGAAAAAAGAAUUUUUUCAAGUUUGUUUAAUCACUUUCUCAGGAACAUGAUUUCAUCUAUUCAAAUUGAAAGAACGUCUUAAUUGUGUAGUGUAUGGGGUGAAACAUUUGCAAAAUAAUAUAAUUACUUUUAAUAUACUUAUUAUUAAAAAAAUCUUUAUUUGUACUGUGACUUAAAAAAAAAAUUGCAGUGAAAAGUAUUGUAUACUUAUCUACUCAAAUUGACGCAUGCAAAUAGAUUUAAAUGAUAACUGGUCUUUUAUCAUGCAAUAAUGAAAAAAACUCUUUAAUCUACUAGAACUGUGAUAAAACAUUUGCAAUGGAACAAAAUAUUCACACAUCUUCUCUGGUUGAAGAAGAAACUCAUAUUUGCAAUAUGUGUGGUAAAGUAUUUGCAAUAAAAGAUAACUUUAUCCUUCCUACUCAUAAUGAAAAAACUCUUUAUACCUGCAAUACCUGUGAUACUGAAGAAAAAGGUGUUCUAUCACCUACUCAGGUGAAGGAAAAAACUCAUGUUUGUGACAUGUGUGGUAAAGAAUCAACGAAUGAAAAUAACUUUGCCUUACGCACUUUUUAUAAAAAGACUUCUUAUAUUUGCAGUAAGUGUGAUAAAGCAGUUGAAAUGGAACAAACAACUUCUCAAGAUGAAGAAGAAACUCGUUUUUGCAAGUUGUGUUGUAAAACAUUUGCAGAUGAAAAUAACUUGAUCUCGCUUACUCACAAUGAAAAAACUUCUUAUAUUUGUAGUGAGUGUGAUAAAAGGACUGCAAUGGAAAAAUGUGUACAUUCACCUCCUCCGAUUGAAAAAACGUCUGAAGUUUGCUGUAAGUGUGGUAAAACAAUUGAAAUGGAAAAUGACUCACUCUUAUCUACUCAGGUUAAAAAAUCGUCUAAUAUCUGUGGUGCAUGCGAUAAAACAUAUUCAGCGGGAAAUAAUAAACGGUCGUCCCCAAAAAUUAAAAGAGUAUUCAAUAUAUGCAUAAUGUGUUGCAAAACUUUUGAAAUAGAAAAUAACUUACCUGCUCAGGUAAGAAAAGCACCUUAUGUCUGCACUGGAUGUGAUGAAACAUCUGCUAUGGGUAAUGAGGUCUAUUCAUCUACUCAAACUGAAAAAUCAUCUUUUACAUGUUAUGUAUGUGGUAAAGUAUUUGAAAUGGAAAAUGACUUCAAUAAUAAAAUCAGUUUGAAAAAUAAAAAGAAGCCUUACAUAUGUAGUGCAUGUGAUAAAUCAUACAACUUUACCCCACCCACUUUUGCUGAAAAAGUACCUUAUUUAUGCACUGUAUGUGGUAAAACAUUUGCAAAAAAAAGUACUUUAGAGAAACACUCCCACGUUCACAUUGGAGACGAGAGUUAUUCGUGCGACGUGUGCUCCAAAACAUUUACCAUAAAAAGAAAUUUAACGCGACACAUUGCAACGCACUCUAAGGAUAACCUUCAUCCGUGCAAUUUGUGCGACAAAAAGUUCUCCACUAAAAGUACCUUAAGAAAGCAUUUUCGUGUUCAUACAGGAGAAAAGGCUCACGUGUGCGGAGUGUGUAGCAAAGCAUUCGCUUUCGAAUAUAAUUUAAUGAAGCAUUCACGCGUUCAUACUGGAGAAAAGCCUUAUGCGUGUGACGUGUGUAAUAAAAAGUUCACAGAUAAAAGUAAUUUAAGUAAACAUUAUCUGGUGCACACUGGGGAGAAACCUUUUUUGUGUACUAUGUGUGAUAAGAGUUUCUCUCAAAAAGCUAGUUUAAACGAACACUAUCUUACUCACACUGGGGAGAAGCAUUUUUCUUGCAGUUUGUGUGGGAGCUCCUUCAGUUUAAAAAGUAGUUUAAAUCGACACCUCCUCAUACAUUCUGGUGAUAAACCCCACUCUUGCAGUGUAUGUGGUAAGAAAUUCAUUGACAAAAGUAAGUUAAAUAGGCAUCAUAAUGUUCAUGCUAGACAGAAUCCAUCCUUAGUCAUGAUGUGAAUAUUCUUCUGUUCUUACUUGUAUUUUACGAAACAGACUUUCGAGCGAGGCCAGUCCCGAUGGUUCAACAAUUUUCAACAACAGCGCAUGCGAAGCUGGUUUUUGCAUUCAAUUGGGUGCAAAAUUUCAAAUUAAAAUUUUAUUUCUUUAAUAUCUGAUACAGUUGACAGAACUCAAAAUGAACUGUGGUCAAUUCAUUAAAGGCCACUCUGUUUGAAUGGAUCCAUCAAUAAUUAAGUAUCAAUGUUUCCUACAAAUCAGCAUUCAAUAUAAAGGGAUAGUUUAUUUUGUUAUGGUUUUAUCACAAAAUAGCUUAUUUUACCAUCACUGUUUACAUAACUUUGUACUGCAAUUUAAACUCACUUUAUUACCUUAAAAAAAUCUAAUAGUGAUAUGUAAACAGACCUAUGAAAAUGUGUAUGGAUGUGGGAAACAUUUUAGUUAUAGUUUGUCUAUGGUAAGAACUCCCCUGCUGCAAAGUCUGAGGCCAUCUGCUGCUAUGGAUACAAGAGUAAUGCAUUUCAAGGCGGGUAGCUUCUCUUCACUCUGGGGCUAACGCUAACACAAUAGACCUGAGAAAAGAAUUACCUUUCACUCGUAUCCUCGAGCCAAAACUUGUCCUAAACAGUGACCCCACAUUCCUACUUGAAAUAGUUAUACCUCGUUACCAUAGUCACCGCCGCGGGUCCAGAUGAAUAGCUAGGGAAGUUCUUACAUUUGAGAAACUAUACUGCUCCUUUGAACCAGUGUCUUAAUUUUUAUCCCUUGUCAUUGUCCUAUCUGUUUAGUUUGGAAAUUUGCAUUAUCAAAGUUCAGAUAAAUGGUGCUGUGCUGCAAUUUAAGUAAAAAACUCAAAUUUUAAUAUUGAGAAAAAGUUACUUUUUUAGAAGUAACUUUUUUGAAAAGUUACUUCUAAAAAAGUGAACAUUCUUAUACAGGAUUUAAAAAAAAAAAACUAUUUAGACUUUGUGUAGUAAAACUUUCAUGGAGUAAAAUAAAUUUAGAUCAAUUAACUCAUUGAGCAUACUGAUUUAAAAAAUUAAAAAAAAGGCAAAAAUUGACUUUAUAAAGUAUGUGUGACUGAUAACAUAUUUGUGUCUAAAAACUUUUAAAUAGUAAAAGCACAGCCUGGAUAAAACAAUGGGACUGGAUCACUUGAGAAACCUUAUGUUGUCCUGAAUAGUUUAAUUAUCAUUAUUAUUUUUAUAUAUUUGUAAUCAUCUGUGUCAAAUUAAUAAUUGUUUGUUUUAUUUUGUAAAUAUAGUAACUUUUAGACAUGACUAGUAAUUUGAGUAAAUGUUCUGAUAAGUAAAUUUGGAACAUCGGGAUUAUCCUGUCAAUCUAUCAACACUCGCAAAAAUCCUUUGGCACCAUCAGGAUGAGAGGAAAUUUCCAAAAUAAGUAUUCUAAACACAUUAAAUUUAUCAAAUAAUAAAAAAAUUUUAGUGUGAAAACAUAUUAAAUAAAAAAGUAAUAUAAAAUUAAUCAAAGCAAAGUAAACACCUCUAAUUUUUAAUAAACAGAAAAUUUUUACUUAUUAAUUUAAAAAAAGAAUUUGAUCUGAUCAUAAAUGCUGUUUACAAUAAUACUAAUUUGCAAUAUUUUCAAACUACUGGAUAUAUAAAAAUUAUGCUACAAUGAAAGUGGGUGUUUUUUUUUUUUUUAUGAAGCAAAAUAUUUUUAAAAAAAAGUUGAGCAAUGAAAUUAUAUUCUAAAAAUGUGAAUUAAUCAUUUUUUUAACUGUAAAUAACCUUUUUAAAGGUAUUCUGAUUAAUUAAAUGAGGAAACAUGAUAUUUUCUUCUUUGAAAUGACAACUUUAAUAUAGGCCUGAAAGAAAAUGUCAGCCUUUGUUUUUCCAAAUAGAUAAUCUUGUUUAAUUAAUCUAAGUUUUUGAAACUGCAUUAGAAGACUACUUAUACCUCAGCCCAAUUAAAAAUGUACUAUUCUAUUUUAUGUGAUUAAUAUUAAUUUCUAUUUUGCACUGCUAACAUAAAAUAUUUUAAUUUCGUAAUUUAAAAAUAAAUUUAGCGAUGAAACUAAUUUUAUUUACUACAAUAAAACUAUAAAAAACUGGUAUUUUUAAUUGAAUUUAUUUUUAUUUGUGACAUUUGCUAAUAGGAGCAUGUGAUUCUUCCACUAAUUCGCGGAAAUCCGCGAAUCAAUAAUUUAUAUUCCGAAAAAAAUUCUCAGAACUCAGCUAAUCCAAAAUUAAAUUUUUGUAACGCAAAAUCUCGUUAACGAGCCAUUUAUUCCACUCUUACCAGCUCCCUCUUUUAUUUAUUUAUUUAAAUUUAUUAUUUUGUAUGUUCUCAUUCACGCGCAAUCACUAUUUUUUACGCAGAUUUGUUAGAGAGAAACGCAGCUUCGGAUAAAAUUUGAGAAAGGAAAGUUUUCUUUAUUAAACUUUGAAAUUAAUGAACUACUAAGGAAAACACAAAAGUUUAAAAAAUUUUAUGUUAACAGUAAUUCUGAAAGAGCAAACAUUGAAAAAAAAAGUUUGCUUGAAAUAAAGGUGUUUUUCUCAUUUUUUUAAAAACAUUUUUAGUUUCUAUUUAAUCAAUGGGACAUAUUUGCCCCUUUUUUCAAUUGGAUUCAGUUAAUUUUUAAUAUGAUAUUACGACAUUGAAAUCUCGAAUCAUGUAUUUCAGUAAUCACUUUUCAACGCACUCAAAUGAAAUCUGUGUUUCGAUCUUAUUAUUAGAUUUUUUAAAAAAUUCAACAAGUCUUUUAAAUAUCUCCUAUGUAGAAGAAAAAAAAGUUAAAUACUGAAAAAAACUACACAUUGAUAAAAACAAUUUCAGAUAAUUUCUUUAUCUAGCAAUCACAUGUCUAUAAUAGACAUGUCUAAAUCAUUGUUUGUCAACACUAAUUUUUUGUUAAUUUUAUUAUUAUUAUUCCAUCUCAUUUAAAAUAAUGAUGAAUAUUAUUGCUAAGACUGAAAUUAUCUCCUAAUAAUAGCAACAUCAAUUAUUUUCCCAUGUAUUUUUUAAUAGCUAUAUAAAUAAAAUGAAAUUUUUUUA